AUGUCUGCUACCAACGUGGAGAAGCCUACCGAGGCCGCCGUCAAUGACGUUGCCAACACUCUGAGCAACACCUCAAUCAGCAAGUCCGCUGAGGACAAGGCUGCCGCUAAUGAGGCUGCCUCCCUGAGCGCUGCUGAGGGUCGCCGCCUCUACAUCGGCAACUUGGCCUACCCGACAACUGAGGGAGAGUUGAAGGACUUCUUCAAGAACUAUCUUGUCGAGUCUGUCUCCAUCCCCAAGAACCCCCGCACCGACCGCCCCGUUGGCUACGCCUUUGUCGACCUCUCUACCCCCACCGAGGCUGAGCGUGCUAUCGAAGAGCUCUCCGGCAAGGAAAUCCUCGAGCGCAAGGUCUCUGUCCAGCUCGCCCGCAAGCCCGAGCCUGCUGGUGAGAAGGCUGCUCCCGAAGCUGCCAACGGUGAGGGCGAGGGUGCUGAUGGCUCCCGCCGCCGUGCUGCUGGUCGUGGACGUGGACGUGGCCGCGGUGGCCGCGGUGGUCGUGGCGGCCGUGGAGGCCGUGCUGGCGAUGCUGGCGACGACAAGAAGGAGGACGAAACUGAGCCUGCCGAAGCUGACACCGGCGCCGAGGCCACUACCGAGGAGGCCAACCCUGAGGUUCAACCACUGAGCGAUAUUACAAACAAGAUCCGGACUGACCAGACUGAAAAGGCCAAGAACCAGGCUCGCACCCCCCGCGAGCGCCGUGAGCGUGGACCCCCCGCUGAUGGCAUCCCUUCCAAGACCAAGGUUAUGGUCGCCAACCUUCCCUACGACUUGACUGAAGAGAAGCUUAUUGAGCUUUUCAAGGCCUACGAGCCUUCUUCCGCCAAGAUUGCUCUCCGCCCCAUUCCCCGAUUCAUGAUCAAGAAGCUCCAGGCCCGUGGUGAGGCUCGCAAGGGCCGUGGCUUCGGUUUCGUUACUCUUGCCAGCGAGGAGCUGCAGCAAAAGGCCGUUACCGAGAUGAACGGCAAGGAGAUCGAAGGCCGCGAGAUCGCCGUCAAGGUUGCUAUUGACAGCCCUGACAAGACUGACGAGGAGGCCAAUGCCCCCGAGGGUGAGAUCGUCGACGAUGCUGCCGAUGCCGCUGCCGCCGCCACCACCACUGCCUAA